AUGAGAGGCCAUCACCACCACCACCACGUCGCGUGGCACUUCUCGGCGCUGCUCUUGUCGCUCCAGCUUGGCGAGUUGAAAGCCGAGCCGUGCAAUGAGCUCACACAAAACGUUCUCACGUCUGUGGGCUGCCCCUCGCGUUGUGCGAGUACGCCAUGCGUCCUGUACUCGCCCUCGCAGAAAGAAUGCAUCGAGCUGGGCGCCAGUGGCCCGUGCUAUAACGAGAGCGACUAUGAGGUGCCCGGGUCAGCCACCGAGUGUGAUUUGACCUACCAGUGCCUGGACACGUUGUUAUGGGACGGGAACCAGUGGCUUUUGGCCCUUGAGGCGAACGCUAAUACGGACGAAAAGACCAUGGCGCACGUCACGCAGAUUGCCCAGUUGAGUUACAGCCCGUCAACGCUAUCCGUCCAAGUACAGGGAUCGCCGAGCGAGUCGAUCGAUAAAAGCGUGGUCAAGAAUAUCUCGCUCGACCAGUCCUUUUUUGACACACCGAGCGGCGUUGUCAGCAUGUUCUUGAUCAGUGUCAACUUGAGGAACGUUCUCUCCACCGUGUCGCUUGCGACAACGUACUCGACGCUGUUUCUGACGAACACCAAUUUGAACCAAAUUCCAGAGCAGUUGGGCACGUUUUCGGCAAUCACGAAGCUCGAUCUGUCCCUGAACUAUAUCUCGGAAUUGCCCGACAGUACCAAUGGUGUCUGGUCGGGCCUUGGGACUGUCACUGACCUCAACUUGGCUGGCAAUACGCUCACGGAGUUCCCCGUUGUGCUGAACAAUUUGCAGACACUGAACCUGUCCGGAAACGCCUAUACGUCGGUUCCAGACAAUGUGUACACGAUGGCAGAAUCAGGUGCACUUCGAUACCUGUCUAUGGUUGGCUGCAACUUGUCAAAUGUACAAGUGUCAGACUCGCAGCUGGCACUGUUGCAGAAUCUAGCAGCUUUUGAUGCCGACGUGACAAUUACCGAGUGUGGCUCUGGUUACUCGGCCACGAAGCUAAGUAACGCUGAAGUGCAGGUAUGCGCAGCAUCGACGUCGUCGUCGUCCAGCGGCGGCGGCGGUCAGACACUCGCCAUUGUGCUCGGUGUAGGUUGCAGUGUGUUCGUGCUCGCCAUCAUUGCGUUCGUGUGGUAUCGCAAGAAACACGGUCGAGCGUUUUCUACAAAAGGCGGAUCGACAGUGUUUGGCACGGACAUGGGCUCGAGUCUUACGGGUGGUGACACGACGUUUGGCUCGUCGAUUUGGGAUGAUCCGGAUCUUCUUGCAGUGCGGGUUGAGCACCGUGAUGUAGAGGCGAUUAAGCUGCUCUCUCGUGGCGGAUUCGGUGAAGUCUGGCUAGGUCUAUACAUGAACGAGAAUGUCGCCAUCAAGCGGCUGCUGAGUGACAAGAAAACCAUGCAGGACGCACUGGCAUUUGCGACAGAAAUCAAGGUGAUGGCACGUCUCGAGCACCCCAAGAUUGUCCAUUUCAUUGGUGUCUCGUGGACCAACGCACUGACGAUCCAGGCGGUGACUGAGUUCAUGGACUGCGGUGACCUCAAAUCGCUGUUGGACUCGAGCCGUGCUAGCUCGUUGACGUGGGCCAAUCUGAAGUGCCAGAUCGCGAUUGAUAUCGCAGACGCAUUGGUGUACUUGCACACGCUGAACCCGAAGCUUAUUCACCGUGACCUGAAGUCUCGAAACGUGCUGAUCGAUGCGCAGAGCGGUGCGAAGCUGAGCGAUUUCGGUAUCUCGCGCAACCGCAGCUUUGACGAGACCAUGACAGCCGGCGUAGGUACGGCUCGCUGGAUCGCGCCGGAGGUCAUUCUUGGUGGACACUACACGGAGUUUGCUGACAUUUACUCGUUUGGAGUGGUGCUGUCGGAACUGGACACGUGCAAGGCUCCGUUCUACGAUGCAACCAAUACUAAUGGCGGUAAAAUGCAGGACGUGACCAUUUUGCAGCUUGUGUCAGCAGGGAAGCUGCAGCCAAGCUUCAAUGAGUCAUGCCCGUCCUCCAUCGUGAGGCUAGCGCGCGCAUGUUUGUCAUUUGACCCGGCCCAGCGUCCAAGUGCCAUCCACAUUUCCUACGAGCUGCGCAAAAUCAUGAAGGACGAGCUGUAG